AGUUUCUCAUUUGCAAUAAGACUAUAAUGCUCUAAACUAUUGUGACGAUCGUUGGUCAGCGUUGUUAGUCCCAAAAGUCUGCCUAAGGAGGUUGCAUUGUUUCGACUUCUGGUUUUUUUCCAAUUUUGUUAAAUUGCUGACUCUUUCGAACAAGUUUGACUUCAUUUUUUCACUCGAACAUCGACGAUGAUACCUUUGACGAUCGCUUUGCUUCUCGCAGUGGUGACGAGAGCUUCUGCUGUUGAUCUUCCGGAGUACAUUCAUGUAUGCAAACGAAGGGAUCCGAACGUGGAGAACUGCAUAUCCCAAAGCGUGGAGUACCUUCGGCCAUAUUUGGUGAAGGGAGUUCCAGAGCACAACAUCCCAUCUCUGGAGCCUCUGCUCCUGAAGGAAUUGGUCGCCGCUGAAGGAACGGGAAUCAGAAUCUCCGCGCGGGAUGUCCACGCUUACGGAGCCAGCGAUUUCACAGUCAGAAGGCUCAAAAUCGACCUGGACAAGCUGCGGUUUGAGGUGGACAUCAAUCUGCCGCACUUGUACAUCGACGGGAUGUACGAAAUCGCAGGAAGAGUGUUGCUGCUUCCGAUAUCGGGAUCGGGGCCGAUGCGGGGUAACUUCACCGAGUGUACCGGAGCAGUUCGUAUGCAGGGGGAGCUCCGGAAGGACAAAGAUGGCGAGGAUCACCUGCACUAUUCCGAUUUCCGGAUGAAGAUCUCGAUCGGCAAGGGGAACCUCCGCCUGGAGAACCUUUUCGGAGGGGAGCGAGCCCUCGGCGACGUCGUAAACGCGGCGAUAAACAACAACUUCGACGCCUUCAUCAGGGAACUGAAGCCUCUGAUAGAGAAGGCUUUGUCGGAUGCCUUCCUGGAAAUCGCGAACAACAUCGUCGAUCCUUUUACGUACAAACAAUUGUUCCCGGUUGAUUAAAAAUCGGUGGGAUAAUAGAGUAGAUAGUGAGGGAAAUUUUUAAUGUAUCAAUAGAUCAGCGUCGUUUAAUGUGGGAGAUCAAAUUUUUGAUUUUUGAAACCCUAGACGAUUACACUUGACAUACAGGCUCGUUCGAGCGAGUAUCAAUCCUCGUAAGUUAGUUAAUGAUAAAUCGAUGAACUGACGAUAUUCACUGAAAUAUAUAAUAUAUAAAUCUGUAAUUAAUUAUACGUACCUGUAACAUAUCGAUACGUACAAUGUAAAAUUGGGUUAAGAAUUCUUCGUGAAAUAAAUUUUUCCAUUAACAUUUACCGAGUCAAAUGACUGCGUGAACUUUGUGGUCAAAGUUCUCCAAGUAUCAGCUGCACGUUAAAUCCAACACUGAAAUUCAAUGAUUGAUUUGACGCAACAUUUUUGCGGCAAGAAAAAGAUGAAGAAAUAAUUGCAUCGACGUCGGGUGAUAUGAGUAAUCAUAAGCAUUCUCUUUGAAAGUGUUAACCGGCAGUGCAAGUGCAGAGAAAUAACAAGUCGAUGCAUAGAUAUAAGGAGAUUAUCAAUCUGAUGGAGACCCGCCGAGCACGAGAGAUCAACGGGUGAUUACGCGUAAUAAUCUUGAACCGAAGCAACAGAGAAGAAAUAAAAAACGACCCGUGAAGCGAGGAGAACAGGUUUGGUUACAUAAUAAUAAUUACCGGAUAAUAAAUGCGGGUGGGACGUAAAACGAUAAAUUUUUUUCGAACGCGUUCAUUUUUCUCCACUUUAUUUGUUGGACCGUAGCUCGGCGCAUAUUUAUUAUACAAAUCAACAAGUGCAGUACGUGGAUACAGCUCUAUCUCUAAUUUAAAUCUAUAAUGGCAUUAAACAGCGUGAAUCUUACGUAAGGAGGAACGAAUUUUUCGAUACCUAAAUAAUAAUUUGAG